ACACACCUCUCAACCCAACCCAACCCAACCCAACCCCUUCCUCUUCCCCCUCCACCGUCACCAUCGCCGCCGCCACGUAAUCAAUAUCAUGCUCGAUCCUGCUCCAGCCCCGUCGCCACAGUCGUCGUCCUUGUCUUCAUCGCCGCCGCCGAAACUUCCCGUUGAUUUCAGUCCUCCAUUGAUAGCUAUGCUAGUCAUCAUCGCCACCGCCUUCGUCGUUGUAACCUACUCGCGCCUAAUCUCGCGUUAUUUUAUCCACCAGCACCGCCGCUGGCGGCGGUGGCGGAGGCGGCGGCGCCUCCUCCGAUCCUACGUCCCUUCCUCCUCCGCCGGUGGCGAUAUCGAGUCGCCUCCCUACAAUUUGUCCUCCUUCGAUCCAACUGACGCUUUCCACUUGCUGUCUCCGUACGGACUCGACGAGUCCGUCAUCAAGUCGAUUCCUCUCUCCGUCUACACGAGGAAGAGCAGCGUUCACGAGUGUGCAGUGUGUCUUCUCGAGUUCGAAGAGAACGAUUACGUCAGAACGCUUCCGGUUUGUUACCACGCGUUUCACGUUGAUUGCAUCGAUAUAUGGCUCGGCUCGCACGCGAAUUGUCCUCUCUGCAGAUCCAGAAUAUUCCGGUCGGAAUCUCCGUUCAUUCCGGUGAUGGCCGCCAGAAUCCGGCCGAGUCUCGAUGAUAUAAUCAUCGAGAGCACAAUUCUGGAACCGUUGGAAGAAGCUCCACCGGAAUCGGACACAGCCGUCGGAGAGAUCACACAGGAACCGUCGAAUAACCAGUCGGAGGACCGAUUCAACGGCCGCGAUUUCUUGCUGAAGCGAUCGUACUCUUUCGGAUUCGAGCGAAAUUUAGGAUCGGAAAGGUUAGUUAUGGAGCCGGCGACGGCGUCGCCGUGGAGAUAUCGGCCGGGAGGAGGAUUCUGGAGCAAAAGACCGUCGCCGUUCAGUUCGUUGACGAAACCUAGGGUUUUCUCUUUCCGAUACUACAGAGGCAUGAAAUCUCCGUUUUUCCGGCGGCGAGGUGGAUUUUUUCCGGUAUCGGAGAGAUACGCCGUAGGAGGGGGAUCAUCACGACGGACUAAAUCGUUGGCGAGCCCGAUGUUCAUGAGGUCGUCGGGGGCCGGGAUGUUCUCGUCGAGCCGGCUGAGGAGCGGCGAUCCAGAGGCGUUGCUGUCGCCGGAGAGAUUUAACAGAAGGUAAAACUGGCCGGAAAUGGCUCGACUGACAACGGCG